AUGGAGGCCAUUCAAAUCUCGACGCCACCAACGGAGGAGUUGCGGGAGGACAAGCCAAAUGCCUCCUAUGGUUUAAACGUUGAACGUGCAAUCACCGAGGCACUGUCUGAGAGCAUGCCAGUGCGCCCUGGGGAAAAUGAAGCAUUUAGCACAGUUCUCCUCUACAAGGGCAGUAUAGUUCACCUAAAGCGAAUUGAUAUAACGGAGGCAGCACUGAAAUCGAAGAACGUGGAUCAUUUGCGCGCUCUCCGUGAACUCCAAUAUGAAAACAUAAACCCGUUUAUUGGAGUUUAUUUGGACACCGAAUCCGUUUAUCUGGUGUAUGAACACUGCAGCAGAGGAAGUCUGCAGGACGUUCUGGCUCAUCCUACUCUUACUUUGGAUAAAGAAUUCCGCCUUUCUCUCUUGAAUGAUUUAAUCAAGGUAUUCAUUCAUAAUCUCGACCUCCUCUGGACCGCACCAGAAUUACUGCGACAGCCCCUGCAGCAUCCACUGGGAACCCAGAAGGGUGACGUCUACUCCUUUGCCAUAAUUGCAUAUGAAUUAUUCUGUCAUUCACCACCCUUCGGAGACUGCGACCUGACAAUCCCUGAGAUUCUCCAAAGAAUACGCUCAGAGAACCCUGCAUUCAGACCAAAGAUUGAAAAGGAGCACAUAGCUCCAACAGUCAAAGCGCUGAUUGAAACCGCAUGGUCGGAGAUUCCCGAAUGUCGGCCUUCUUUUGAGACAAUCAGCAAAAUGUUUAACGAAAUCGAAAACUGCAGGUUUGUGCAAACGUUUGAAGCGAGUUCUCAGCGUUUUGACCAUCGAGGGAGAUGGUAUCGACAGUUUCCUCGUUAA